ACUUACCCACACACACCAGUUACCCAUAACAAAACACAAAAGAGAAUAUUUUGGAAGAGAGAGCAAGCAAGAGAAAGCCAACACUGCUGCUGCUCAAUUUCUUCUGUCUUCACUCUGUAAAAUGAAGGCCAUUUUUAAGCUGGAAGCUUAGUACAAGUCCUUUUUUUGGUGUGUGUUUUUAGUUUGUGAAAAUGGACUGCCGAAGAAUGAUAACAACAGGUAACUUAGAUCCGGAGAGGAAGAUGAGCGGAGGACUCAGAACCAAACAGGCAGGGCGAGGAUCGUGCAGAGGAAGUUAGUUAGCCAAAAUUAAACACAGUAAUAGCUAGCUUACCAAUGGGUCUUUUCUUAAAACAAGUUUUGAAAACUCUUUGCGCUCUUCAUCACUGGUCUUAUGCUGUUUUUUGGAAGAUCGGCUGCCAUAAUCCUAAGUUGUUAAUUUGGGAAGAAUGUCACUAUGAAGCCAAGCCAGCUAAUCCUGAGUUGUCUUUUGGAGACUGGGAGGGAUUCUGGGCUUCUGAUGCUCACUCCUCACACCUCAAGCUUCAAACUGGAGAUCAGCUCCAUUUGCUUGUUACCAAAAUGAUGUUGGAUAAUCAGGUUAAUUUAGUAGGCCAAGGACUAGUUGGACGAGCAGCAUUUACCGGUAACCAUAACUGGAUCCUUGCACACAACUACAAUGGAGAUGCCCAUCCACCAGAGGUAUUCAGUGAGAUACAUCACCAAAUUUCAGCUGGCAUGCAGACAAUUGCUGUUAUUCCUGUUGUGCCUCAUGGUGUAGUUCAACUUGGUUCUUCCUUGACUAUAAUGGAGAAUAUGGGAUUUGUGAAUAGCGUAAAGAGUUUAAUUGUACAAUUAGGAUGUGUUCCUGGAGUUCUUCUGUCUGACAACAUUGUGGAAAAAGAAUCUGCAGAAAGAAUUGGGUUGCCAGUUUCUUUUGACACGCCUGAUUCUAUUCCUUUCCAUAUGGGCGGUGAUAAGGUGCUGAACUCCAGUCGUUUAUCAGCUGACAGCUACAACCAACAAAGCAUCUCAUUCCUAUCUUCUAAAAUUGCUCACCCCCCUGAUUCACAAAUUAGACAGAUUCAAGAUACUCUGCAGUCUACUGCUUCAACAUUUCAUGCCUCAAACCUAACCAACCCUGUACCGAAUUCUAAUAAUUGUCAGAGUGAAAUUAAACUGACUGCAGCUAUGAAGUCACAUGAUCCAUUAAGAGGCUGGCUAGCGAAUGAAGUUGUUGGACCUAAAGUUACCCCUUCAAAUCCUGAUACUUGGAUGAGCCAGCAUAUGUCAUUGAAUUCAAGGCCUAAUUUCAGUCACCGAUCUGGUAUUGCUCAAUCUGAUGCCGGUAGUAGCAUUGUGACAUUAUUGGAACACCGGGUCCUCUCAGAAAUAAGCCCACAAAAUCUUGUAAUUAACAGUAGAAAUGAGUGUGAUAGAUUUAGCCCCCCUCAAAUGAAGACAAAUGGAGGUCUUAUAGUUAAUUCUCAUGUCGGUUCGUCCAUAUCCGGGAGAGAGUUGCAUAAUGGAGUGAGUAGUAAUACUGGAUCCACUUCAAGUACCUGCGCUAAUUUGAAUCCAUGCAGUUCAGAAGAUAUUAGCCACAAUUCCAUACAGCUGGCUAGAGCUGGGCUUCAAAAACUCGAUUCAUCAAGGGUUGAGGAGGUACCUCUGUCCAGUUUGGCAGCACAAGUAUGCAGUAGAGUCAUGCUUUUAGGGGGUUCGCAGCUCAAUUUAAAUGAAGUGAAGCAUUCCAAAAAUGAACCUUCUGCAAAAAAGGAAAAGAUCAGCAGUAACUUGUUUCAGGCGGCUAGCAUUCUAUCAUCUCAUCAAAAUGAAUAUCAUUCUUUGGAUGAGGACAUCUCUAAUUCGGUUGCUGAUUUCCCUAAGCAUGAAAGUGGAACUCAGAGUGAAAAUAUUGCAGAUGUCGGGUAUGCAGAUUCAUAUGCUCAAGCUCCAUCUACUGAAGACUUAUACGAUGUUCUUGGUGUGGAUUUUAAAAAUAGAUUGCUCAGUAGCAAUUUGGAUAGUUUACUUACAGAUGGUUAUGCCAAUUCACAUAUGAGCGUAGAUAGUUCAACUUUAAUGAAUAUGCAGGAAGCAAGUUCUAAUUUUUUCUCAGCUAGUGAAGGGAUAUUGGACAGUGGUAUUUUUCCUGCCACAGGUACUGAUCAUCUUUUAGAUGCUGUAGUUUCUAGGGCUCACUCUACUGCUAAACAGAGCUCAGAUGAUGCUGUCUCUUGCAAGACGUCAUUGACAAAGAUAAGUAGCUCCCUUACUCCUAGUAAUUCUCCCAUGUAUGGCCUGGUUGAUAAGUCUAAUCACGUUCAAAAGGAGUUUAAUGUCCUACCUAAGUCCUUGGAAAAGUCAGCAACCAUAGCAUCUAGCUCUUUCAGGUCUGGAUGUAGCAAGGAUGACGUUGCAAGCUGUUCUCAAGCUACGUCUAUUUAUGGUUCACAACUGAGUUCAUGGGUUGACCAUAGUAUGAGGUGUGAUAAUAGUGCUUCAACUGCAUAUUCCAAAAAAAAUGAUGAAAUAAAUAAACCAAAUCGCAAAAGGCUUAAACCUGGAGAGAACCCCAGACCCAGGCCAAAAGAUCGUCAAAUGAUCCAAGAUCGGGUCAAAGAGUUGCGAGAAAUUGUACCAAAUGGUGCAAAGUGUAGCAUAGACUCUCUGCUUGAACGGACCAUCAAACAUAUGCUUUUCUUGCAAAGUGUGACAAAGCAUGCAGACAAGCUGAAACAAACUGGGGAGUGUAAGAUUAUGAACAAGGAAGGUGGGCUUCUUUUAAAGGACAAUUUUGAUGGAGGGGCAACAUGGGCAUUUGAAGUUGAAUCUCAAUCUAUGGUUUGUCCUAUCAUAGUUGAGGAUUUGAAUCUGCCACGUCAGAUGCUUGUGGAGAUGCUCUGUGAAGAACGGGGUUUCUUUCUAGAAAUAGCUGAUUUAAUUAGAGGAUUGGGAUUGACAAUCUUGAAGGGGGUGAUAGAAGCUCGUAAUGAUAAGAUUUGGGCACGAUUUGCAGUAGAGGCGAACAAGGAUGUAACAAGGAUGGAAGUUUUUAUGUCGCUUGUCCGUCUUUUAGAACAAACUGAGAAAGGUGGUACAUCGGAAAUCAACAAUAUGAUAGCCCGUCACACUUUCCCACAAGCCACCUCCAUUGCUGCAACUGGUAGUUUGCAAUGAGCUCUUCUCUGGUCUGGGUGUGUUAAGAGCAAGCCUGUUUUGGCUUGCCAUGACUAACAUGUAUUCCAGUCUUAAUAAGCUCUUAGCUAGGUGGUUCUUACUCUCGCUAACUUCAUCAAGUAGAUCAUGCCUAACCUCAUUUCUUAUCAAGAUUUAGAUAGUCAAAAAGCUUCAAUGGAAGUCUCAGCCUGCCGUCGUGGAAGGAAGCCCCGAAUGGGUAGAUAUUAAGGUUUUAGUUUAAUUUAAGGGAUACGGUCUAAUAUAGGAUGGAGAAGGGUGCAUACUAGUAAAUGUAUAGGGGAGGUGGGAUAUGAAAUGAAGGGGUUCUCUUUAUGUAUGUUCUUUUUCUUUUUGUGGAUUUUCCUAUUCUCAACCUAUCAUGAUUCAUUGUUUAAGUACAAUAUGUUUAUCUUAAGAUGUGUGGUUUGCUUUUA